CAGAAGGGGUAACUAUUAUGUUGGCAAUAUUCCAGAUAAUGUACCUUCCUUUAAAACGAAGGUAUUCCAACAUGUCCAGUGCUGAACAUUUUUAAUCACAUGAUCUACAAGAUGUCCGAUUGGUUAAAGAACCCUUUUUUUCAAAAUAUAUGUUUGGGUAUGUAAAUUUAAUUAGAAUAUAUUAGGCCUACCGAUAUACAACGUCAUUAAUAUUUUUAUUUAUAAUGGUUUCAGAAAUGCAAGUAGAUAAUUUAAAAACAUUCACUGAUUGUGUUCUUUGAAAACCAUGACAGAUACAUGUACCAAAGCAUACAUUGCAAUUCUAUUUUUACACUUAUGAAUUUUUUAAAUGUGAAAUAUGCUAAAAAUCAUAAGGAAGAAGAAAGCAGAGGCUAGUAGAGGGAAAUAUAGGAGAGAGACCAAGGUAGGAAAAGGGAGUCAUACCUAAAAUAGUACAAGUACGUAAACCUUUUUAAAAAGAAUUAGAUAAUGUAAGGUUUUCUUCCUAAAGUUUAUGAUUGUCUGUAUUUUCUGUUAUGAUACUUUAUUGAUUUACCAUGAACAAAUAUACCAGAACUUUGGAAUCUAAUGGAUGACAAGUCUGUGUUGAGUUCAUCAAAGAUCUCUCUCUCUCUGAGUGUAAGAGGGUGGGUAUGUAUAUAUGUUUCUGAGGGUGAGUGCAUGUGUGUUGUGUUUGUAUCACCGCUUUUUCUGGGGGUUUUUUCUCUCAAAGAAUUGAUGACUAAUAUUUGAUUUAAAAACACCCGUUGGUUUGGUUUGCUUUAUGUCAUUUUUGUGCAGGUUUCUCUUUGUUGUUUUAGAUCGACUAAAUUGAGGGAUCACUUAUGGUUGUAGUAUGGUUCUUGAUAUAAUGGAAAGUUACGAUUCAUUUAAGAUACGGAAUACUUCUCCUCAAAAGGAGAUCUGAAAAGGAAUUACCAUACAGAAAAAAUGAGUUCUAGUACUGAUGAGUCUGAUGGAGAAGGGGAUAACUAUAAUUCACUAAGAGAGUGCUUCGAAAAACCUUGCACAACACUUCUACGGAAAAUUUUGAAGCUGAAUUUCAGUCGAUUUGAGGAACUAAAAGAGGUCAUUCCUUUAGAAAAUUUAUCAAUUGAAUCAAAAUCUGCUUUAGAAAAGCUGAACCGAAUAAAUCAAUUACGUUUUCCGAUUCUUUGUGAAAUAUUUCGUUUAGGUGUUUGUGAACGAUUUUUUGAUGCACCCGCAAUAGGUUGGAAUUCGACGGAGAUAAUUCCAGAGGAGUGUAAUGGGGUAUCAGACGAUAUUCAACGAUUAUGGAAGAUAUGGAAGGAGAAUAUAGAUAACAAUUUGAAUUUAACAGUUUCAGAUAACGACAGCAACAAAGCAUUUACUAUAUUAAAGGACAUAGGAAGAAGAAUGAGAUAUUGUGAGGAUUUCAAAGAAUUUGGUAAAAGUUUCUACAGAGAAAUUUGUUUGGCAAGAAAAGGCAGCUUAGAGGGACUGCAUGUCAAUGCUAUUCAAGCGGGUGAUGGGAAUAAUUUUAAAGUGAAUGUUGAUUCAUCGCAAGAAGGGAAGGUUAACGUUAACCUCGUCCAAGGCGGAAACAACAACUCAUUAAUACUUUACUUUUUGAAAGACAAUCGACAAAUCGGGUUAGAGUACACAUCAACUGGUUAUGCCCAAGCUACAAUAGUUCUUCAAUCUGAUGAACCAGCAUUCCAAGAGUUAAUAGAAAAUGCAAGUGGCUUGAACAUUGAGGAAAUAAACGAACUUCCUGCUUUAAAAGACAACGACGUUUCUAUCAAUAACAUAAAAAAAGGGAGUCUAGUGAUAUCAUUUGUGUACAAAAACCAGGAUACAUUGAAGAAAACUCUUGAAAUGAUAUUCAAGUGCAUUUUCACAAAAGAAAAGAUAGAAGAAGUAUUUAGGAAGCAUCAAAUCCAGCAUGCAACAGUAACGGGAUAUAUUUAUGAUCAUCAGGAAUACUACCUCGAUUAUGCUCCCAUAGAACCUACCAAAUUAGCUGCUGUAGCGAAGUUUCACUGGUAUUCACAUCUGACAUGGCAACUUGGCGAGUGUACAUGUGAUGUUGACAUUGUACUGGGUGAUUUGCUGCAUAAUCUCUUACUCCACGAUUUCACAACAGAAGCAAAUGACAACAUUUGGAUCAUGAUAAAAGGUCAUAUUAUCAGUCCAGAUGACGUAGACUUUUCAUUGAUUGAGCGUUUGCUGGUUGUAAAUGCGGAUUCCAAAAUCAAAAUGCUCAACAGCGAAUUAGGAAAACUAGGACAAUACGAAAUUAAAUACAUUACUCAAGUGAAGAAAAGAACACAUGUGAUUUUAAAAGUAAGAGAUAAUAUCAGCUAUUCCAGUCUAUUAGCAGAGGAAGGAAUUCUCCUCCCCAUCCUAAGAGCAAUACUAUGGUCUGAGGAGACUCAAGAUGUCAUUUCAAAUGUUGAGCUCAUGAGGAUCGGCUUGAUUAUGGAUACAAAGUUGACACAGGGUCAAUCAGAUCAUAAAAAUCACUCAUUAAUCAUUGAGUUUUGUCCAGAAUCGGACAUAACAAAGGCCCUCAACAGCGGCGUUUUCCCCGACAUUCUCACAGCUGUGUUAGAGAAAAGUAAACGCCCGGAUGUUGAAAUGCCAAAACGAAUGAAAAUAAAUGUAGAUAUCAAUGGAGUGAGAGGGCCAAGUCAUGAUGAUGAAACGUCUGAAAAAGACUUUCAGCAAAGAAAAAAAGGUGCAGAAGUGCAAAAACGAGGUAGAAAAAUACAGUCCAAAAAAAUUGUAAAGGACGAUCUAGAGGAAGCUACUUCUUCCAAAUAUGAUGAUUCUAAAGAUGAUUCGGCUAUUGAAUCAGAAGAGGAAUAUACAGAAAGACCUCACAAAUUGAUUUCUUAUCGAGAUCCAGAAUAUGAUGGGUUUCACUCGGAAUCUACGGACAGUGGUCUUGACCUCAUACAAGAUCGAUCUUUUUCAAAACACUAUACAAGAACAGAUAGCAGUGUGUUCUCCGAUGUUAAUACCGAUCUUGUCAUCAAUGGACUUGAAUUGACAGAAAAAUGUGAAGAAAAUUUUCAAAACAAAAGAAAGAAUAGAAAACUUAAGUUUCAUUAUGAAAAAGCAGUACAGGAGAAAACUCUUCAACAUUUAUUGACUGAUAAUCCGAAUAGGUACAAACUUUGCAGUCUAUACAUAGAAUCUGCACAUAAAGCGGUGUGUACAAAUUUAAACUUUGCAGAUGAAAUCAAAGAAAUUCAUAUAUCUGGAAGAUCAAAAUGUAGUAAAGCUUAUGCUGAUGACGAGGUGGUUGUAGAAAUUCUUGGAGAAUCAAAGAUUCGAAAAUAUGAGAGAAAACGGAGAAAUAUAGAGUCCCAGUCUAAAGAUACGAACAUUUACGGCAAAAUAUUAGGGACACUUAAACGAAAUCGGUAUAAAAAUAUGAAACAUCCUGUUUUGGUAUGUGCGUUUGAUGAUUUUGGAGACCACAUGCUUAAACCGCUAUGCAAAACAGUACCAAAAAUCAAAGCCUCACACAAGCAUGGCAAAGGUAAAACUCAAUUUGACUUGUUUACGUAUGAUAAAGAAAACAAAACCAUAAAUUACAAAGAUGUUUUAACAAUAAACCACGCUAAUAGAAAAUCCUACUGUUUUCUUGUUGCCAUUAUGCAAUGGGAGGACAUGUAUCCAUUUGGAGUUGUCUUGAGCAGAACAUACACUAGAAAUGAUCCGCAGUCGGGUAUUGAUAUCCUGAGACUGCAGUAUCAAAUCCCAGAUAAAUUUACCAAUAUGGUAAAUAGUAUAGCAUCCAAUCUCCAAAAAAAGGAAGAAAACAUACGGUCAAAAUCAAGAUCAAAAGAGGUGGUUCCAAGUUUUACAAUUUCCGGCGAAGACAGCAUAAAUGAAAUUGCAUAUAGUGUUGAGAAAAUAUCCGAACGUCUGCAUAGAAUAGGAAUUCAUAUUGUUGACCCUGCAAGAUUAAUCAAAAAAGGUGAUGGUUUGGAUAAAGAAAUAAGGAGACGUGGCGCGAAAUUCGAUAUCGAUAAGAAUUAUCAAUCCAUGAUGAUUCCAGAACAGUUAUGCGAUAUCAUCGAAUUUAAAUUAAAUAAAGAAAGACACGCAAUAUCAUUAUCGUUCACUGCAAACGCAAAGUUUGUUGUGGACACUGAGAGUUUUAGUCUAAGGAAAUCGAUUGUUAUGUGUCAGAAAAUUUAUGACAUUGAAACUAUCAAUGAUGUACUAGAAGGUGAUCAAGAUUUCAGGGUAAAAACUUUGUUAAAUAUUGCUAAAAAUAUACGAAAAGAACGACUUGGUGAGGGUACUCAUUUUCUGGAAUUAGAAACAAGACUUAAGGAUGAUGGAACAUUUAUGAGAUACAGACAUGUUAGGGAUCUACUUCAGGAGUUAAUGAUAUAUACUAAUAUGAAAAUCUCAGAACGUGUUCGCAGAAGAUAUCAGGAAAUUAUGCCUUAUCGUUGUCAUUCGGCCCCGUCAAUUGAAAUUGUAAACUUGUGGAAUGAGAGCCAUGCUGAAAUGGGUGAUAUAUUAUGUCGUCUUCAAAAUCUUGAGGCGGUGCCGGGCACUGGCUGUAUAUGUUCAAUUUUUAAUUUGGAAAGGGAAUACAGUUACAGGCAUGUUUUACCGUUUCAGAGAUGUGUUUGGGAGACACUGAAAGAGCGUAUAGACAAGAAUCAGUGGAAUGAAGUUGGAUAUAUUUUGGGAAUGGAUGAAAUCCAUCCAUGGCAAUCGCUUGCCUUCGAAGACUGGAUAAAUGUGCAGUCAUUAGCCGAAUAUAGAUGUUUAAACCAAAAACAUGAUCCUCUUGUGCACUAUGCAUUACGUAGAGAUCAUUAUAUGACAUUCACAAGUCCGAUGAGACAAUACAUUGAUUUGGUUGCUCAUAGAUUAUUAGAAGAUCUGUUGUCCGACAAAAAAGAAUGUUCUUACAAUAUUCAAGAAAUGGAACAUAUCUGUAAUGAAAUGAACGAUAUUUUGCUUCGCAAAAAGAAAUUUUAUAACGGAUGUCAGGUUCUUCUUUGUGGACAUGAACUUCACACUCGACCCCAGAUUUUCAAUGGAUUUGUUCACGACGUCUCAAAUAUUGAUAUUUCCUUGUGUUAUCCAAGCCUUCGAAAAUUCCCGGAGAUAAGUAAAAGAAUACCACUCAAUAUCUUACAAACUAAAGAGAGACCGAGUUUUCAAGAAAAUAGAAUUCAUAAGCGUGAUAUUUUGACAAUGAAAUGGCAAAGCAGAAUAUAUGCUAUAAAUCGGAAACUGGAAUAUAAGAAAAAUGAUGAUGGAUACCUCCGUCUAAAUCCUCAUCCAAACAUGGUAUUUCAACAGAAACAACAGUGGAUAGAUUUGAUGAAAUCAUUUUUCAAGGGAAUGACAAAAAAUUUAAAAAAAGAAAUAAAUCAUGAAGAUAAAAUAAACCUCAUACGUACAAUAGAAGAAACUCAUGAAACUGUGGAAGAUGUUAGUUCCGAAGAUAAAAUUGGGGUGAAUUCAAACCAAACUUGUAAGUUUAGCUUAUCUUUUAACUAUGGCCAGAUUGUGGUUGUACAAAUGACCGGUGAACCAGAGCAUGGAAUGAUGAUGCCGAUGCCACAGCUCCUGGACAUAACAAACAAUGUAAAAAUAUGCCUGCAGCAUAUCAGAGAUCCUGUAAAUAUGCUUGCGGAAUUCGCAAUGAAAACAACGAGAACAACUUAUGCUUCUUGCAAAGAGUAUGUGAAUAUAUGGAUUCCAAUCUUAUCAAUGGAGAUAGCAACAUUGUCGGUAGAAGAUGAAACUUUCAAUAUUACUGAUUUGCUCAUUACCUUUACUUCAAAAAGAAGGGGUUCUUUUUUCCUUAAAAACUCCUUCUGUGAACAAAGGGACAUAAGUUUCACUGUACAUUCAACAGAUGUGUUGGGGUGUUCUGACUUUGAAAAUGACGAAGUUGAUUCAGAUGUAAAGCCAUUUUACAUAUCAGGGUCAGACUACCUUUGUAUAAGAUGUGAGACAAAAGUGGACAUGGGAUCAAGAUCUAAAUUUCUAAAUGGGGCUGUAUCUCCACAAAAGCGGUUUUGGGUUGCGCAUGCAAAGAUCGAUGACGUUCAAGGAAUAGAAAUCAAAGGAGCCAAAGGAAAAAAAGUCAGUUUUAUUUGUCAUAAAAAAUCUCCUGCCAUCCCUCCAGAUUUACGUGAACAAGAACAGAUUUGCCAUGUUGAAAUAAUACCUAAAAUUGAAGUACAUAGGCGAACAGACAUGUACAUAAAAAAUCUAGAAAGAGCAUCAAAUCUUGCUCAGGCAAUUGCAGUCAGAAAAGGCAUUCCAAAGCUUGAUGAGGGACAUAUCACUGCCGGGAAAACUCUCUGCAGAAAUGCUGAUCAUCAUCUCGGCCUCAGAUUAAAUGAUAACCAAAGAGAGGCUGUUAAGAAAGCAGUCACUUCUUCGUUCAGCUUAAUUCAAGGACCACCAGGAACAGGAAAAACGUACACUGGGGUUGCCCUAAUAAAAAUGUUUUGUUCUAUCAACCAACAAAUGCUGGCAAGCGGAGGAAAGAGGAAAAUUGUUCUGUUUUGUGGCCCUUCAAAUAAAUCAGUGGAUCUUGUCGCAAGAUACUUGAAAGAAAUUGAUUUCUCGAGCCAGUUUAAGGUUCUUCGAAUGUAUGGAAAAGCAUUAGAAUGUGCCGAAUUUCCGAUUCCUGGCAAGGUGUUCUCAAAGAGACGAGUCAAUAAAGAAAGUUAUCCCGAUGAAAAUUUAAGAAACGAAACCUUGCAUCAUAUCAUCCGAAAAGAAGGCAAAACAUAUGCAGCGGAAAUAAAACAAUAUGAUGAAAAGUUCAAAACUAAUGCCAAGAAGAUAAAUUUCCAAGAAAUCAAGGAGUAUAAAAGGUUAAUCGCUCAAGCAGUAAAGGAAGAACUCCCGAAAUAUGAUGUAAUUCUUUGUACAACGUCUGUAGCAACAAGUGCCUCACUGCUAGCUCCUGCAAAAGGGUCUAUCUUUCAAGUCCUUAUAGACGAAGCUGGAAUGUGCACAGAACCGGAAUGUAUGGCAGUAAUAGUAGCAACCAAAGCCAAACAAGUGGUCUUAAUCGGGGAUCAUAAACAGUUACAACCUGUUGUUAUAUGUGAGGAAGCAGCGGAACUAGGAUUAAGGAAAUCGUUGUUUGAAAGAUAUGCCGAGAUGAAGAGUUCCCACCUUACAUUCUUGAGUCUUCAAUACAGAAUGAAUCCAAGUCUAUGCGAAUUUCCAUCUACAACCUUUUACGACGGCAAACUGGAGACAAAAGAAUCGGAAAAGUGGAUGACAAGGACGCCAUUAGGAUUGUGGAAAAAUCCUAAAUACCCGUAUGUAUUCUGUCACACAGAAGGCGAAGAAGAGUACUUGACGUACACCACAGAGGAGGGAAAUGAAAUGUCGAGAUAUAACUCGGAAGAAAUAGGCCAUGUGGUAGCUAUAUUUUCUUACCUGGUUAAAACGGAGAAAAUUAACUGGGAGAGUAUAAAUAUAAUGUCACAGUACAAUGCACAGUGUCAACAAAUACGACUGGCAUUAAGAAAGAGAAAGAUUGAUUUCUGCAAUGUCAAUACAGUUGUAGCAAGUCAAGGCGGUGAGUGGGAUUACGUCAUAUUCAGUUUGGUUAGGUCUAUUCCGGAGUACAGAAUUGAACCUCAACCAACGGAUGGAUGGUGUAAAGAAAAUCUUGGAUUCAUCACUGAUGCUCACCAGAUUAAUGUUGCUUUAACAAGAGCACGUAAAGGACUUAUUUUAAUAGGAAAUAAGAAUCUAAUGUCAUGUGAACAAACUGUUUUGGAACCGAUGCUGACUCACUUCAGAAAAAAUAACUGUAUUGUUGAUGCAACGGAUUUUGUUCCAAAACAUGAUGCUAAACCUAAGACGAGGGUGUAAUGGGUAUCAAAACGUAACCUAAGGGAUAAAACAGCUCUUAAUUCUACCUAGGUAUUAAACAUUUUAUAACAGCGCUAAUGCUACCUAGGUGUGCUGUGAGCAAUACCUACUAUUCGUGAGGGGUUGAAAGCAUGUGAUCGACGUUGUUAUUUGAAAUUGUGACAUUUUGAAAUUGAGCUUGUGAAUCACAAAUAUUGUAAAUGUUAAAGGUUUCACCUUUUAAACCUGAUUUUUUAAAACUAACUAAUUAGUUAAAUGAUAUAAACACUAUUCUUAUUCUUUCAAUUGCCUCUCGUGGCUAUUGGCACUAUAGGAAUGUUGUUUUUAUCUUAUGUUAAUUUUAUGUAAAUUUUCAUAUUAUUAGAAGUUCAAAUGUUUAGGUAAAUUGUACUGAUCGAUCGGGUGCCCGGAGUCUGUUGUAUAUAUAUAUCGUUUGUGAUAUUUUACAUUUUCUUACUUCUUCUCAACCACAAAUAUGCCAGUUUCAAUCAAACUUGCAUCCUCGUGUGAAAGGAAUUCAAAUUUGUUUAAAUGGAAGAACAAGACUUCUUUCAUGGGGAUAAAAAGAAAUUUGAGGAAAUUUAAUGACACCCGUAAACAUUUUCUUUUUUGGAAGCACUGUGCCAGAUCAAAUGAAACUUCCGUGAAAGCUUCGUUACAUAUUAUAUUGUUCAAAUCGGUAACCCAAAGGAGUAGGUUGUACAACAAGGAAUCAGAGUUUUAACUUAUAUAUAAGAUAUAUAAAAACUAUCUUUUUUAAAAAUUUGCUUUUCAAGAACAGCAAAGUCAAGAACAGUAAUUCUAUAAAUAUAGUAGCAUCCUCAGAUAUUAUUGAUUCAAAUUUGUUCAAAAUUAGGUGGGAAUUAAGUCGGUCAGGGCUGAUAAUUAAAGUCAUACAGGAAUAUUUACAAUUGAAUUUCAAAGCAAUGUAAUUAUAUCGAUUCAUUUUUAUAUAAAAGCAUUUUCGAAUAUUUCAUAUCAUGACCUCCGGGGUAGGAUGGGGCCACAACAUGGAUCAAAGAAAGUUGUACAUACAUAUAAGAAUAUUUAGAGAAUGACUUUCAAAAUCUUCUUAUCAAUACUAAAUAAACGAAACCUAAGAUUAGUCAUUUUAAUACAGAAGCAUUCUCAGCGAGGAAAAUUCAUGUUUUUUUUCCUCCAAAUAUGACCCCCGAUGUAGGGUGGAGCCAAAACAGUAGAUCAAUAAAUUUACUUUUCCAAUUUUUUCAAAAGGAAAAGUAAGGAAAUAUCUUUGAAAAUAUUCUUGAAAACAGCAAGAUUAGCUAUAUUAAUACAAAAGUAUAUUCAGGUAGUGUAAAUUUAGGUCUGUUCGACAAACUUGACACAAGGUAGGGACUUAUACUACAGAGAGUAAAUUUAUAUAUAGAAAUGUUUCAGGAAUGUAAGUUUUGUGAGAGAUAUUGGUCUGUAAAUCACACAAAAUUGUCACGUACAAGCAUAUUUCAUGAAGCGUUAUGCUUCUCUAGCUACAGUCAAAAUGCUCAGGUGAAGGGUGUGGCAUAUUGGCCUUUUGUAUUACAAGUUGAAAUAUUCUCCCCAAAAUGAUAGUCGUGCCAUUAAUGAAUUUGGCAUCGACUUUAAGUAUAGCACACUAGUAUCAUAUACUACCAUGUCUUUCCAUGACUAUUUUUAGUCACGAAUAAUUAUAAAUUAUCCAUUACAUAUGUAUUUACGAAUGUGUUCAGAAUUAAAAUGUGAUACAAUGUACAUUAUUUCUGAUUUUUAAAAAACAUCUUGAUAUAUACAUAUCCUGCAAUACCAUGUCAAAUAUUAUAAAUGGAAAAAGUACCUCAAAUACUUAUGCCUACCAUUUGGGUAGGUAGAUGGGUGUUUGUGUGUGGUG